AUGACGAACCCCAUCCCAUGCCCACCCUCUCUUCCCUUCCUUGGCCAUGUCACCCACAUCGAAAAGGAAGUGCCCCUGCGUUCGUUCAUGCUGCUCGCCCAUCAGUAUGGCGAGAUAUACCAAAUGCACCAGUUUUCCAGGCACUUGCUUGUCAUUAGCUCGUACGAACUUGUGAACGAAUGCUCAGAUGAUAAGCGCUUCUACAAGGGUAUUGGCGGAGCACUUGGAGAAGUCCGAAAUGGAGUUGGCGAUGGCUUGUUUACGGCGCGUGCUGAGGAGGAGAACUGGGGAAUCGCCCAUCGUCUCCUGAUGCCUGCAUUUGGAACGGCCGCAAUCAGGGGAAUGUUUGACGACAUGAUGGAUAUCGCCUCGCAGCUGAUCAUGAAAUGGGAGCGAUUUGGGCCGACAGCCGCGAUCAAUCCCGCAGAAGACUUCACCCGCUUGACGUUCGACACAAUCGCCCUGUGCGCCAUGAGCCACAGGUUGAACUCGUUCUACAGGGAAGGGAACCAUCCGUUCGUGCAAGCGAUGGUCGACUUCCUUGUCGAGUCCGGCAGGCGCGCCCACCGCCCGUCGCUCGUGACCUCGGUGAUGGGGUAUCAGACCAAAUACGAGCAGGAUAUCAAGAUCCUGGCCGACUUGGCCGAUGAGAUCAUUGCAGAGCGCAGGGACAACCCGAUUGACAAGAAUGAUCUGCUCAACAAGAUGCUUUUGGGCAAAGACCCGAAGACGGGCAAAGGUCUGUCUGAAGAGAACAUCCGAAACAACUUGUUGACUUUCCUUAUUGCUGGGCAUGAGACAACGUCUUCGACUCUUUCUUUUGCUACAUACUACAUUCUCAAAAACCCGGAGGCGGCCCGCAAGCUGCGUGAAGAGGUCGACGACGUGCUCGGUGACCAGCCAAUCCAGCUGGGCGAUCUGAACAAGCUACCUUAUCUCACUGCGUGCAUACGGGAGGCGCUGCGCCUGGGGCCUGCAGCACCCAUGCGCUCCGUUAGUGCCGUCGAUGCAACAACGAUCGGCGGCGGGAAGUAUGCUGUAGAGAAGGACCAGACGAUUGUGAUCAGCGUUGCGAUGGCUAUGAGAGACCCCAAGGUAUGGGGCGAAGAUGCGGACGAGUUUAGGCCCGAGCGCAUGCUGGAUGGCAAGUUCGAAGCACUACCUCCCAAUGCUUGGCAGCCAUUCGGUCACGGCAUGCGCGCAUGCAUCGGCCGUGCGCUUGCCUGGCAAGAAAUGAUUAUCAUCCUCGCUCUCAUCUUCCAACGCUUCGACCUCGUCAUGGACGAUCCGUCGUACGAGCUCAAGCUCAAGCAGACGCUCACGAUUAAGCCGAAGGACUUCCACAUCCGCGCACUGCCGCGCAAGGGGCGCUCUAUUCCGCUUGCGACUUCCAGUUCCUCGCUUCACAAGGCGCGUCUCGGCAGCCCGGCGCAGCCGACUAAUGCGACAGUUCCCGUGGGUUCGGAGCCACGGCAGCAGCUUUACGUCUUAUAUGGAUCGAAUACGGGCACGUCGGAGACGUUCGCGCAACGUGUGGCGAGUGAUGCAUCUGUUCAUGGCUUCCGUGCCACGAUGGGAACACUGGACUCGUUCACGGAGAAACUGCCCACUGAUGGACCUGUCGCUAUCAUCACCGCUUCGUUUGAAGGCGAGCCUGCUGACAAUGCCGCACACUUCGUGGAGUGGCUGAAGAGCCUCAAGGGCCAGGAGCUGGCGAAUGUCAGCUAUGCUGUAUUUGGCUGUGGUAACCGCGACUGGGUCCAGACCUACCAGCGUAUCCCCAAGUUGGUUGACAGCACGCUGGGGGAGCGCGGAGCGAGGCGUCUGCUUGAGGCCGGAGCGGGCGACGCUAGCUCGGCAGAGUUCUUCGAGACGUUCGAUGACUGGGAGCACAAGUUAUGGGGGACGCUCUCCAAGGUCUACAAAGCGACCCUGGGCGAAGUUCAAGAUGCCACCCAGGUCUCACACCUGGCAGUAAAGACUGUUGACGCUGGCACGUACAGAGCAUCUGUCUUACGCCAGCCUGAUGCCGCAUUGGGUACUGUCGUAGAGAAUAGACUUUUGACUGCCACUGGAGUCCCCCCGAAGAGGCAUAUCGUCUUCGAACUUCCGGAAGGUAUGGCCGCUCAUGCGGGAGAUUACCUUGCUAUCUUGCCUUCCAAUCCGAUUCGCGAUGUCCAUCGUGCGAUUGCACGGUUCGGCCUCUCUGCCGAGCAAGAGAUCGUACUUACAUCUUCUGGCCCCACGCCGUUGCCCGUGGAUCGUUCUAUCAGCGUCUCUGCUCUCCUAUUGGGCUAUGUGGAGCUUUCUCAGCCUGCGACGUCGCGUGACCUGCGCAUCCUCGCGUCAGCUGCGGGUGCUCCUGCGGAGGCUAUCCAAGAGCUCGUGUCCUCGUACGCGGAGAAGGUGCUGUCGAGGCGGAUCAGCGUCCUGGAUAUUUUGGAGGAGUAUCCGAACAUCAAGCUGCCAUUUGAGACGUUCCUGACAAUGCUUCCCUCUAUGCGUGUCCGCCAGUAUUCCAUCUCGUCGUCUCCGCUUUGGGACGCUCAGAAGGUCACCCUCACUGUCAGCGUCAUCGACGCGCCGUCCAUCGCAGGCCGCAAGGAGUCGUUCCUUGGUGUGGCGUCGACCUUCCUCGGUGGUCUUCGCACGGGGGACAAGGUACAGAUCGCUGUCCGGGCCUCCAAUGCCGCAUUCCGCCCUCCUACGGACCCUAUGACGCCGAUGGUCAUGUUCGCAGCAGGCUCCGGGCUAGCCCCAAUGCGCGGGUUCCUCCAGGAGCGCGCGAUGCAGAAGAAGGCCGGCCGCGAGGUUGCGAAGUCCCUGCUGUUCUUCGGCUGUCGCUUGCCCAAGGAGGACUUCCUGUACUCCGACUCCGACCUGAAGGAAUGGACCGAGCUCGGGAUCGUUGACGUGCGGCCCGCAUUCUCGCGGUCCCCCGGGGACUCGCGUGGGUGCAAAUACGUGCAGGAUCGUGCUUGGCUGGACCGCGAGGAGAUCGAUGAGGCGUUCCAUGCGCAUGCCAAGUUCUACACCUGCGGCUCGAGGAAGAUUGCGCAAGGUAUCAAGAACAGUCUUACGAAGCUCAUCAUGGAGAAGCAGAAUGUCGACGAGGCAGAGGCUACGGCUAUGUUUGGACGCGUCAUUCAAGGCCGCUAUGCAACCGAUAUCUUCGAAUGAGUCCUUGUUGUUGUUUGUUGUUUUCUUCACAUUGGCUUCUUGGAUGUACAACAUUGUCUGGUCAAGAAUCAUGAAUUUGAACCCAUGU